GAACAUGCGGGCAACGCCUUCAAGACACGCGACGGCGCUUCUCCGCCCCGGGCGGCUGUACGCCCGUCGCGGUGCAGCACCACAACUGCCUCUUCAUCCGUCGCAACCAACACAAACACGACAUUAUCUCAGCGCAACCAGCAGUACAACAGCUUCCUCCUCCGCCUCCGCAUCCCACGCACCACCACCAUCAUCAUCAUCACCAUAUUCCGUCAAUGCGACCGAAAUCUCCCACUUCUCCGCGCUGGCCUCGUCCUGGUGGGACCCUCACGGCCCGUCACGACCGCUGCACCUGAUGAACCCGCUGCGCCACGACUUUAUCCGCGCCUGCCUCUCCUCCUCUUCCUCCACACAUCAACAACAACGACAACAACAAACUCCAACCAAACUUCGAUACCUCGACGUAGGCUGCGGCGGCGGGAUCUUCGCCGAGUCCGCCGCGCGGCUCGCCAACACAGCACACGUGCGUGCGGUCGACCCGUCUGAGGCAGUCUUGUCAGUAGCGCGCGCCCACGCGCGGCGGGACCCGGCCCUGCGCGGGAAGCUUGAAUACCUCUGCACGCCGAUCGAGGCGCUUCCCCUUCCUGAUGACAAUAACAAUAACAACGGAGGAUACUAUGACGUAGUCUCCCUCUUCGAAGUCCUCGAGCACGUCGACUACCCAGCCGAGUUCCUCUCGCGCGUGGCCCGCUUCGUGCGGCCCGACGGCGGCUGGCUCGUCAUGAGCACCAUCGCACGGACGUGGACCAGCUGGGUUGUGACGAACCUUGUUGCGGAGGAUUUGUUGAGGGUUGUCCCGCGCGGUACGCACGACUGGGCAAAGUAUGUUAAUGCGCAUGAGUUGGAGGCGUUUUUUGCGGGUGCUGAGGGGAAAGGGUUGGGCAGAUGGGGCACGCCCAGGGUCAUGGGGGUGGUGUAUGUCCCUGGGUUUGGGUGGAGGGAGGUCAGGGGCAGUGAGAAGGUGGGGAAUUACUUCUUUGGGGUGCAGAGGCUUGGUUGAGAACUUGAGGCGGGGGAUCCAUGAGGGUGGUUGUGUGGUGGGCGCUGUACAAAUACUUGUAGUGUUGUAUAUUAUGGAUAUCAUGGGCAAAUGCGGAUGGAUGGUUGGAUCUGUACAGGCAUAGAGCGAUUACAUGGCUACCCUAACCGGACUG